GACAGUUUAGUAGAAAGGGAAAGUGCAGCCCGCUGCAGUUACAGCUACUGCAGCUUUGGAGUGAAAGCUUGCGAUCCAGCUUGAUAUCCCAUCUCUUCUGCAUCCCCAGAAGUGCAAACAUUUCAUGGUGCAAAAAUACUCCAAUGCCAAGAGUGCAGAGGAAUAGGAAAGGAGGCUUUUCAAUUUAUGAGAAUAUCUGCCGGGAGACCCUCGUAGUUUUCCUACACUUAAGGGCUGGAAAGAGAAUUUUCCCAUGGAAUCACCAGUGUACAUAUUUCGUGAAGAGCUGGGUCCCACCUGCCCCCCAGGCUUUUGCCCUUUUCCAAGCAGGACCAGCCACAGCUGGCUUGCAGGCUGGAAAGAAUAUGGCAACAGCAGUAAUGGUGGAUAUGAGGACUUGCAGCAGAAUCAGACCAAUAUCUCCCCAGCUAUUCCGAUCAUCAUUACAGCAGUCUACUCUAUGGUCUUUGUGGUGGGCCUGGUGGGCAACUCUCUGGUUAUGUUUGUCAUCAUAAGGUACACAAAGAUGAAGACCGCAACGAACAUUUAUAUUUUUAAUUUGGCUCUGGCAGAUGCUCUUGUCACCACAACUAUGCCUUUUCAAAGUACUGAGUAUUUAAUGAACACUUGGCCCUUUGGGGAUGUGCUGUGUAAAAUAGUCAUUUCAAUUGACUACUAUAACAUGUUUACAAGCAUAUUCACCUUGACCAUGAUGAGUGUAGAUCGCUACAUUGCUGUGUGUCACCCAGUGAAGGCCCUGGACUUUCGUACUCCUCUGAAGGCCAAGAUCAUCAAUAUAUGCAUCUGGGUUUUGUCUUCUUCCGUAGGCAUUUCAGCCAUAGUUCUUGGAGGUACCAAGGUCAGGGAAGAUACAGGCAGCACUGAGUGUUCUCUUCAGUUUCCAGAUGAUGACUAUAUCUGGUGGGACAUCUUUAUGAAAAUCUGUGUCUUUGUCUUUGCCUUUAUUAUCCCAGUCCUAAUUAUUAUAGUUUGUUACACUCUAAUGAUCCUGCGCUUGAAAAGUGUGCGGCUCCUGUCUGGAUCACGAGAAAAAGAUCGAAACCUCCGCCGUAUCACCAGAUUGGUUCUUGUUGUAGUUGCUGUUUUCAUUGUCUGUUGGACCCCCAUCCACAUUUUUGUAUUAGUUGAGGCUCUUGGAGAUGUCUCACACAGCACUGCAGCCAUUUCCAGCUACUAUUUCUGCAUUGCAUUGGGCUACACCAAUAGCAGUCUAAAUCCCAUUCUAUAUGCUUUUUUGGAUGAAAACUUCAAGCGUUGUUUCAAAGAUUUCUGCUUUCCUUUUAAAAUGAAGGUGGACAGACAAAAUAUCAGCAGAGUUAGAAACACAAUUCAUAAUCCUGCUCAUGCUGGAAACACUGAUGGUGCAAACAAGCCAGCAUGACUAGCUGUGGAAAUGUCAUCAUAUUGUCCUCCUGGAAGAGAAGAAUCCAAUGAUCUUGGAUUAACUCAAAUAACUACAGCAGUGUGAAGUGGACAGUAAAAGGACUACUUGAUAUUAUUUACAAAAUCCCACAGUUUCAAUUGAAAUAUAGCCACCAAGAUGUCCUUCACCGAUGUUCACUGAUGAUAAAUUCUGUUUCAAUAGAACUUUGUAUAUAGCAAAGUAAUCAUUUGGGGCAGAAGAAGAGAACUAGCUUUUCUCCCAUUUUUGACCUUUGUAUAUGUUUUAUGUGGAGUAAUGUGAUUUCACCAUAUCACUAGUUUUAUUGUACUUGUCAGAAUAGCAAAUCAGCAUUUCCUUUUAUUAAUUAUAUUGAUUGGAUAUGCAGUGUAUUUUCAGCUAUUUAUAUGGCCGUGAAUAAUACAAAAAAAAAAGUGACAUCUAGCCUUCUAUUGCAAUGGUUUCGAAAUUUCUUCUGAAUGGGUUCACACAGUACUGUAAUGAUUUAUAUGAUGAUAAUGUAUCGUGUGAUCAGCAGAAGCAUUUUAAUUAUGGAUUUUCUGUUUUCAAUGAAUAACUUUUAAUCUGAGGAAACACUAUAUAUGAUGAAUAAGGCUAUGUGAAUUUUAUUUAUUUAAGCAAUUUGUAUUGUACUUUUGGGGUGCUCUAAUAUUCAUGGGCUUAGUGUAAAAAUUCUGUGUCCAUCUUCAGGUGAAAUAACAAAGUGUCAGGUAAUUAAAGUCUUUAUUAAACCUGAUGGACAACCAGGUUGACAUGAACAAAAUUCACAGAAUGGUACAAUCCUAGGUACCUCUUCCAGAAUGUGCAUAUAUUGACCCAAAAUUGGAGCUGUUAAUAUAUACAAAAAAAUUAGGGAUCAUAUAUUAAUAAACAUACAUAAUACAGUUAUGAUAUGCAGUCAAAUAAUAGAAAUGGAAACUCAAUGUUCCCAUUAGUCUCUAUCAAAUUAAUUCAUCUCAUUCACUAACAAAGUUUAUAAGGGAAUACAAUUUUGUUAAAAUGAACCAUAAUGGAAAUACUUUUAUCAAAAAAACAACCUGCUUAUUCUUUGUAACACAGAUUGGAAAAUUCUAUUGGAAAAUAGAUUGGAUGUUUACAUAUCGCUUUUAUGAGGUGUGGACUUUCAUCUUAUUUUGGAACUUUAAUAUUUCUCCCAUACCAAUCCAGUAUUUUUCUUUUAACAUGUCUAAAAACCAGAAAAACCUGUGUUUAAACAUGCACAUAUGCCUGGAGCUUUGUGAAUUGCAUAUGUUUCCUUGCUGUUCUGUUGUACCCACUUUUCUUCAGAUUCUUCUGGGUUUGUAUGGAAGCCUCUUCUCAUUAUAGCAAAGGAGACAACUACAUCAUGGCACUGGACCUAAUUGAGGACCACCUAUGUCUGAUAGUUUCUGCCCAUCCAGUAAGAUCCAGGAAAUGAUGCACUUGAGAUUCCCUCAAUUAAGCAAUGCCAUAGUACAGUAUCUUAGAGGCAUGGCUUCUCGGUCCAACCUCUCUCUCCAUAUUUCCAUCCCAAAGAGUUUUCCUGGAUGUGAUAUAUUUGUCUUUCUUUACUAUUUUGGCUUUGUAUAAUGUAAAUUGCUCGGAGUUGUUUGGACUUGAGCAUUCAUUAAAUAUAUGUCAAUCAAUCUAUCAAUCAAAUCAGGAUAUGGUGAUCUUGAAGUGUCAUGGUGGAACAACUAGAUUUUACAAGCCAAAGGAGUCUCUUAGAUUGGAACUUGGCAAUAUUUGGUUUCAAGGUAAUGUAUUCAUUGCCUUUUCACACAGUUGUAGUUUUGCAUAGUAGCGUUUUUAUAACAGCGCUGAUCAAAAUUUGCUUACCAACCUAUAAUGAAUGGAGAUCCUGAUUC